GGCUUUGUUUACAUUUAGGCAAAAUGUUUUUGUUUUCGGCAUCAGAAACAUAGCGCAGAAAUGAGGCGAAACUAUUUCACAAUUAUUAUCGUAUCGCUCGUCGGAAAUGCUUGUCUUCAUAAAAAAUUCAAUACCACAGAUAAAAUUGAAUUACACGGUAAUUCUUCUCACAAGAAAUCUCCCCCAGAAAUGUCACCGCGUCAAAACACACCCGAAAAAUCGCAAGUACAUCCCCUCACGACGACUGAGAGCCCCAACGAGGAGUCUCCUAUCAUGACGAACGACGACAUCAUAUCGCUGCUGACCAGCCGCGGCUUUCGCGUGAAAAAUUUCACUGACGAUCCGCCGCUGGCCCUCGUCGGAGACAUCGCCUACUACCCACAGCAGGUGCUGCCCGAGCUGGGCUCCAACGACGACCGCAGCAACGUGCAGAACAAGCGGCUGUGGGUGGAUGCUUCGGGCGCGCAGCAAGUCUGGUACUACUUCGACCAAUCGACGCAAGCUGACAAGGAUGUGUUCCACCAGGCGGUGGCCACAUGGCAGAAGAGUUCAUGCAUCAAGUUCGAGCAACAGGCGCCGGGCGCAUGUUCGGAGGACCGCGGCCACGGCGCCAUCUGCGUCGGUAACUUCGGCGGCUGCUGGUCGCUGGUCGGCAACUCGUACAACGGCGGCUGGCAGAAGACGUCGCAGAAGAUGUCGGUGCAGCCGGACGGGUGCGAGAUGGUGGCGGCGGCGCACGAGCUCGGUCACGGCCUCGGCCUGCAGCACCAGCAGGCUCGCGAUGACCGUGACCAGUACAUCUUCACCAACUACCACAACCUGGACAUCAAGCUCUCCGGCGACCUGGACAACACGGUGAAGCAGGCCUGGAAUCAGGCGGCCUCGUGCAGCGCCGGUCAGACGGUAAAAGUCCCGAUCCCCUACGACUUCCUCUCCAUCAUGCAGUACGGCGCCUCCGACUUUGCAGAGGAAGACGGGCGUGUGGUGUACGGCGCAAAGGAUCCGCACCACCAGUACAUGAUGGACUACCAUCGCAAUGCCGGCACCGCACAGACGCACUACGACAAACUGGUCAUCAACACGGCCUACAAGUGCACGAACCUGUGGCGGAACACGUGCAAACAGAACGGCAACGUGCCGGCCAAGUGUCUCAACGGCGGUUAUGUCACCAGUGAUUGCAAAUGCUCCUGCGCUGACGGAUACUCCGGGUCAGCGUGCGGCAGUAAGGUGGGACCGCUCUACCCCGUGAAGGACCGGGCCAAGACGAUGCUGGACAUCCAGCAGCCCGGCAAAGUGGAGCUGGCGGACAAGGGCAUGCACCUGAAGAAUAACCACUACAUCCUGAAGGACUUCGUGUACUUCCAGUUCGUGACGGUGGCAGUGAAGACGGGAUACCCUCGCCAGCUGGCGAACAUCCGCGUGCACCAGCCCUUUGACGCGAUUGCGGAGGUCAUGGCAUCACGCGGUGCGCAGGAUUUCAUCAUGCAAAACAUCGCCAUCGCUGAUUGCGAAAUGUCAGGUUUCUUUUAUUGGGGCGCCUCCGCCGCCAACCAGCUGCGCACUGAGUGCAUCACGUCCCUCUUCAACAACGAGCUGCCGGCCGAGCAGCUGAAUCUCCGCGGUCGCAACCGCACGCUCGACAUCGUGGCGAUCGGCUUCCUGGGCAGGCUCUUCCACCGAGCCGACACCAGCAUGCGGGCGUUGGAACUCACGCUGGACAUCGAGUUCGCUGUGAACGCCGCCAAACAGCUGCGGACGUUCAAGACGCCAGCAGACGAUCCGGGCCCGCUCGGGGACCCGAUGGCGGAUGGCGGAAAGCCCAGUGCGGGCGUCAUCGCCGGCAUUGUCAUCGCAGUGAUCGUGGUAGUGGCGCUUCUCGUCGGUUUGGUGUGGGCGUGGAAGUCAGGCAAAAUUGGGCCUUGAGGCCGGCGACGAACAUUAGCAGUUGUCUUCGUGUAAAGGUCUAACCAGCCGAGUCAUGUAAGGCUCACCGGUGUUGUCGUACUGUGGCUUGUUUGCUCUAGCUUCGAAAAUAUGCUGGUGAAUAUUAGCGAAUCCCCGCGUGCCUGUC